AUGGCCCACACCCAGCAAAAGCGUGCUGUGCCGGGACUUGGCUUGUCCCAGGUCGACUCGCCCGCACACGACCGCUUCUGCUGGCUCUUGCUGGCGCUUGUGGGCCAGACGGUGACGGUGACGCUCAAGGGUGGCACGCGAGCGCGCGGCAUCCUCGCGUCUUCGACUCCGGACUCGAACGACCUCUCGAUCUCGCUUCGCCAGGCUGUUGACCUGCACGCUCCCCCCUCGACCACUCCCAAGCCGUCUCUCCUUAUCAACGGACGCGACCUGCUCGAGAUUGAGGCAGCCGACGUCGCGCUCGACUUAGAGGGCAAGUCGGACGCGUCGGCUCAGGCGGCGUCGUCGAGUAGGGAGCGAGACUCGUUCCGGACGGACACCGACAUUUCAGGCGCUUACCUGCUCGGAAAGGAGCGGCAGCUGCAAGCAUGGGGUGCGAGCAGUGGAGGAGGGAUCGAGGACUCUGUCGACGGCGGCAUCGGCGGUCUGGAGGACGAUGGCCUCGGCAGAAGCACCAAGGGCGCCGCUGGUGGACGCGGCUGGGAUCAGUUCGCAGCGAACGAGCGCCAGUUCGGUCUGAGGACGGACUACGACGACGAGAUCUACACGACCAAGCUGGACCGGAGCGGAGCCGAUUACAAGGAGCGGGAAAGGCGCGCUGCGCAGCUUGAACGGGAGAUCAUGAAGGGUGGAUCGGCUCUCGCCAACAACGCCCACGUCGCGGAGGAGCGAGGCGAGCAGCUCCCCGAAAUUGAGAACGAGGAGGACCGGUACGGUGCCGUCAUUCGUGGCGAGGGCGCCUACGUUCCGCCUGGCGCCAGGAAGGCUGCCGCGGCUCGUCUCGCUCAGCAGAACGGCUCACCCGCACCGGCAGACAAAGCAGCCGCACCCUCCACCCCCUCCGGCACGUCUCGUCUCCCGCAGCCAACUUCUGCAACCUCUCGCAUUCCCGCUGUCCCUUCGUCUGGCUCAUCAGCGACCUCCUCCGCGACGACACCGUCGAUCCAGGCGCCUGCGUCUACCACAGCCGCCGCACCCACCACCACUCCGGCCGGUACCGCACCAGGCGCGACCGCCAAGCCGUACCAGCGCUCCUUCCAGGACUUCGUCACGAAUGAGCGAGUUCGACUCGAGCAGAAGCGCGCGCAGAUGGCGCAGGCUCAGCAGCAGGCCCAACAGCAGCAGCAACAGGCUCUCAAGAAGGAGCAGGACUCGAAGUUGGCCAGUCUCGUCCAGUGGAGCCAGACGUUCAAGAACCCUUACCCUCUUUCGGAGGACGUUGCCGCUAUCAUGGGCAAGAAGCCUGGCAGUACCGCUUCGCACGACGCUGCGAAGAAACCCGGCAGCUCAGUCGCCAGCAACGCUUCGCCCGCCGUCUCGCCCGCCAACACGACUCGCACUCUCCCCGCCCCGACACCGUCUCCCACGCCUUCUUCCGCCAGCGUACCUCCUCAAGCUGCUGCGCAAAAGGUCGCAAAGCCCCUCCUCCCCGAGAUCCCGCCCUUCAACCCAGCAAGGGCCAGGGCGCGCCAGGCGGAGCUCGCCGCCCAGAAGAACGGUGUGUCUCCUCCCGCUGCUCCGACGGCUGCGGCGGCGACCCCAGCAGCAUCGACUGCGGCAGCAGAGGCAGCACCGGCCAGCUCGCUCAAGCCGAAGGCGCCCACGACGAAGCUGAGCGCGAAGAGCGCCGCUUUCGUCUUCAAGCCGAACCCGAACGCGUCCUCCUUCACCCCUGGCGCGAGUACGUCGUCGAGCAGUGCUGCGGCAGCGCCUGCCGCUCCCGUGCCCGCAGCUGCACCUACGCCCGCACCCGCGCCGGCUGCGAACACGACGCCUCGCAAGCCUGCCGAGCCGCAAGCUCCGCCCAAUCCGUUCUUCGGGAACAAGGUCAUUAAGCGAGGCUCGUCGUCGAUGCACGUCAAGGAGGACUUUACGCCAUUCAAGAACGGCGUUCUCCCCGAGCCGUCGACUGUUGCGCCGAGCUGGCAGUUCUCGGGCAAGCCGUACCGGUCCAUCUACCCGAUUCCGCCUCAGACGGCAGCGUCGGCGGCAGCUUCGGUCGUCGACGACUCGGCUUCGUCGAUCGCGGGCAGUCUCCCUGGACCUGGUGGCAUGGUCGACCCGAACAACGCCGCAGCGAUUGCCGCUGCCCAAGCACAAGCGCAUGCGGCAGCGGCUUCGGGCGUCCCGCUCGGCAUGAUGCACCCUCACCAGCCUCACGGGCCGCCUCCGCACUUCCCGCCGCAGAUGGCCGCUGCUCUCGCAGCGAGCCAAGGCGGGCCCGCGCCGCACAUUCCUGGUGGUCCCGUCCCUCCGCACGUCGCCGGCAUGCCUCACCACGGCGCGUACAAUAUGUACCAGAUGGUUGCCAUGGCCGCGAACGCGAACGGCGGACCCGUUCGGGGCUUCCCCGGCCAACCUGGACCCGGCAUGCAGCAGCACGCUGGACCUCACCACCCCCACUCACACCCUCAGCAGCAUCAGCAGCAUCACCCCGGCCAGAUGCAGCACCCCCAGCACCUCAUGCCCGGCGCAGGCGGUCCACCCAUCCCUCCUCCGCCUUUCGCUCCGCAGUUCGUUCCCGGCCAAGGCCCGCACGGCGCCCCCAUGUUCCCUUCCCCUCACAUGACACCGUCGUCGGCUUCCGCCUCUCCCCACAUCUCGCACCCUUCGCCCGCCGCUUCUCAUGCGCAGGUCCCCGGACAAGCAGGAGCAGGAGGACCUCCUGGACGUUACAUGCCUUGGACGCCCGUCGGGUUCGUGCCGGGUCAGCACGGCGGACCUACGCCGCCUCCGCAGAACGGCCCCGUCCCUCCUCAUCCCGGGCCGCCGCCUCAGUUCGUGCAGCAGCAGCAGCAAUGA